GAAAAUGUUAAAAUUUCUACAAAUUCUUCUCCUUGCAAACCUCUCAGUUGCUCAAAUGCAGAAAAAUAUCUUAUUUAUUGCAAUUGAUGAUUUAAGGCCUGAAAUAGGACCUUAUGCUGAUGAAGAUCUUGGUUUUACAAUGCCUUCUAUCAGUACUCCCAACAUUGACAGUUUUUCAAAAGAGAGCAUGGUUUUCAAGAGAGCUUAUGCACAACAAUCUUUGUGUUCACCUAGCAGAAGUAGUAUGCUCACAGGAAGGAGACCUGAUACAACCCAUGUUGUAGACCUAUCCACCUACUUCAGAGAAGUUGGUGGAAAUUUUACAACUUUGCCCCAGUUCUUCAAGAAUAACGGAUACAGGAAAUCUUAGUUCCUUGCUUUGUUUAAAUUUUUUGCUUUAAUGCGGGCUUUUAGCAGCUAUCACAAAUUAUCCGGUGUGUCCUAUGUUACGAAAAUAUUACUUAAAAGGAGUAAUUCAUAUGGUGUACUGUCCCAUUAAACUAUCUAUAGGAAGGUAUAUCACAGCAAACCAAGAUGUGUUUGCAUAUGGUGCACUGUCCCGCUUAGAAAUCAGUCUGUUGUCUAAAUUUCAGUGUUGUAUUCUGUAGAACUUGCUCUAGUCGCCUAGAAAUCAGUCUGUUGUUUAAAUUUCAGCAUUGUAUUCUGUAGAGAACUUGCUCUAAUCGCCUAGUAAUCAGUCUGUUGUCUAAAUUUCAGUGUUGUAUUCUGUAGAGAACUUGCUCUAGUCGCCUAGUAAUCAGUCUGUUGUCUAAAUUUCAGUGUUGUAUUCUGUAGAACUUGCUCUAGCCGCUUAGAAAUCAGUCUGUUGUCUAAAUUUCAGUAUUGUAUUCUGUAGAACUUGCUCUAGUCGCCUAGUAAUCAGUCUGUUGUCUAAAU